AGGGGCGGCAGCAGCAGCAGCAGCAGCAGCUGCAGGGGAAGCAGCGCUCGGCGCCGUGGCCCAAGCCGCGCAGCAAAGAAAAGAAGAAAGUGAAUUGCAAGCCCAAGAACCAGGAUGAACAGGAAAUCCCUUUCCGGCUCCGAGAGAUAAUGAGGAGCCGCCAGGAGAUGAAAAACCCUGUUAGUAACAAGAAGAGGAAAAAAGAAGCCCAGGUGGCCUUCAGGAAGACAGAGAAGGAAGCGAGAGGAGUGUGUGCGGACAUCGCCGUCCCCGAGUUCAGGCGGAGGAAGCGGGAGUCUGACAGGGCCUACAUCCAGCGCCUGGAGCAGGAGGCCCAGCACGUGCUCUUCCUGAGCAAGAACCAAGCUGACCGGCAGCCCGAGGUGCAGGCGGCUCCCAAGAAGAAGUCGGAGGGGAAGCAAGCGUUCCGGAGGCGGCGGCUGGAUAAAGCGCGGCAGAGGAAGGAGGAAAAGGCCGCGGACAGGCUGGAGCAGGAGCUGCUCCGAGACACUGUGAAGUUUGGCGAGGUGGCCCUGCAGCCCCCUAAGCUGACCGCCAAGCCCAAGACGAGUGUGAGCAGGGGCCGGCCUGACAAGAAAUCGCUGAUGCUCGGGAUGCUUCUGAGCCCUGGCAGCGUGUCCCAGCCUCCGGCCACUUCCUUGGCCCGACAGCGGAUUGUGGCAGAGGAGAGAGAGCGCGUCGUGCAGGCCUACAGGGCACUGAAGAAGCUGCAGCAGCGGCCACUGGGGGCUCAGUGAGCCCUCCUCCCUCUCCAGAGGUCUGUCUGUCUGUGAUGGAGAGGUACCAGGGCUGCCACACUGGGGCAGGUGGCCUGCAGAUGAAAGUCCUCUCCCUGGACAUACCCUGGGACCUCAGGGCCUGGGGCACCGGCUCCCAAGUGCGGCUCCAGAUCUUGGCUCUCGUUUUCCCUCCCGAGAGUGCUCUUUUGUGAGUGGCCCCUGCCGGGCCCCGUGUCACGUGGGCAUUGUCUUCCCUCAGCUCCCACAGAAGGGGCCAGGGCCUGCCUGAGACACAGCCCACGUCCUUCCUGUGAGCCUUGCUCUGCCCACACCUAUGUUCUAAACACACAGGUCCAGGCUGAGACACAAUUGCGGGCCAAUCCCAUCAUCUUGUUCUCUAAUGCCACUUAACCGUAGAUACGGCCACUUGUCAACCAGGUCCAUCAUGGACUCCCCUGCAUUCAAUAGCAGCCCGGCUGGCACAAGGCAAGCAGCGGGCCAGUGCAGGGAGGACAGACCCCAGGGCAGGUGAGUGGGUUGGUCAGCAUCAGACCGCUGAGCCCCGCAGAGAUGGGGGAGCGCACCCAAGGCUUGGCUCAGAUAUGGAGGCAGAUAGCGCUGCCUACAGCCAGGCUGCGGAUAUCAAGAAGCGGUUUUCGGGGGUGGGGGCUCAUCUUUGGAGGAGAGCUACCUUAGUGACAAGUGAGGUCAGUAGGGGCACCCAUCACUGUGGACUCAAGUGACUUUAACAUAAUGCAUAACAGUAAAUCUCGGGUUGAUUUUUUGUUUUAGGUUUGAGGGGUGUUUUUUUUAGCUCAAGUUGCCACGUUUGACCAGUGGAAGAUCACGUGUCACUGACGCUCAUCGCUGUCUCUCAGAUUCCUUUCACACAGGGCGCUCUCUCCCUGCCUGAGAUGAGGAGCCCGUGGUUCCUGGCAGGGACCGCCCUGGCGGUGCAGUGUGGGGACCCAAGAGCUGGGGUAGAGGGGUGCUCCCUGGGGUGUCGCUGCUUCCAGACCACUUUUGUGGCCAGGCCUAGAAAUACAGGAGUCUGAAAGCGAGUGUAACUUUAACAGUCUGAGUUUGUAUUGACAUUUGCUAUUAAAAUGUAGUAUUACAGGG